AUGAAAGAUCAUAGAAUUCUAGGUGUGAGGAGGCGAUUGGGUUACUUACAUGGAUUUGAUGUUUCGCCAAUUGGAAUUUCUGGAGGGUUGAGUUUAUGGUGGGAGGACAAUCUGGAGGUUAAUAUUAUCUUUUCGUCCAAGCAUAUUAUUGAUGUUGUGAUGAGAAUUAAAGGGCAAACGCAAUGGAGUAGGAUUACGGGUGUGUACGGAACGUCGUAUAGAGUUGAGAAAAAUCUAUUUUGGGAUUGGAUGGUUAACCACUUUACCCCCACAGAUAUACCUUGGAUUUGUGGUGGGGAUUUCAACGAAUUCCUGUGGGAUUAUGAGAAGUCUGGAGGAGUUGAGGUCUUGUACAACAGACCAAGAUUCUUAGAAGAGUUUCUGUCUUCCUCUCAGUUGAUGGACUUGGGUUUCAAUGGGCCAACAUUCACGUGGAGAGGGCUGAGAAAAGGGGAUUGGGUGGAGGAGCGAUUAGACAGGGUUAUGGCGAAUGAAAAGUGGCAGCAACUCUGGCCGAACUCCCAUGUUAUGCAUGAAACGGUUUUAGCCUCGGAUCACUGCCCAAUUGUUCUUAGUUCUAUAUCUGAUGGGCAGAAAGGAAGGAAGAUGUUCAGGUUUGAGGCGUUUUGGGUCUCGGAGGAAGAGUGCAAGAAUUUGGUGGAAAAGUGCUGGGAUCGACGGCAUCAUGGUAGCCCUGUGAAUAUGUGGGUGAGAUCUUUGAACGACUGUCGUUAUCGCUUGAGCAGGUGGAAUCGUACUAAAUUUAAGGGGCGGGGUAGCAGGAUCCAUGAUCUUCUUUCCCAGUUAGAUUCACUCCAGCGUGACUGGGGUCCAAACUAUGAUGAGAUAAGGGAGAUAUCUUGGCAGAUUGAUGAGUUAAGACUCCAAAAGGAGAGUUAUUGGUGCCAGCGAUCGAGGGUAAAAUGGUUGAGGGAGGGGGAUGCAAACACUCAGUUUUUUCAUUCUUCAACCCUUCAGAGGCGUAGGAGAAAUAAGAUUGUGAAGCUUAGGGCUGAGAAUGGGAACUGGGUGGAAAAUCCAUCUCAGGUGCGCCAUUUAGUGGAUAAUCAUUUCUCUUCAGUUUUUAGCUCGGCAGGGGAUCGUAACUGGGGGUCGCUGCUAGAUUGCAUUAAUCCCUCGGUCUCGACAGAAAUGAAUGAGGCGCUAACUGCACCGGUUACGGAGGAGGAGAUAAAGGAGGCUGCUGGGAAUAUGGGAGGUCUUAAGGCUCCCGGCCCCGAUGGUUUCCAGGGGAUCUUCUAUCAGACAUACUGGGAGAUUGUGAAGGAGGAUGUUUCGGCUCUGAUCAGAGAGUUGCUUCAGGACGUUGCGGGUUCGAGAUUGAUAAAUCAGACUAAUAUAGUUCUGAUUCCCAAAGUCCCUAAUCCGGAAUUUGUGUCGCAGUUCAGGCCUAUCAGCCUAUGUAACUAUUCAUACAAGAUACUGUCAAAGAUUCUUGCUAACCGGUUGAAGGUAUUAUUGCCUAAAAUCAUAUCGCCAUCUCAGAAUGCUUUUGUGGCGGGUAGACAAAUUCAGGAUUGCAUUGGCAUAUCCCAUGAGAUGUUUCAUUAUCUGAAGGGAAGGAAAGCCAAGAACAGAUUUGAAAUGGGGAUUAAACUGGAUAUGCAGAAGGCGUAUGGUAGGGUUGAAUGGGACUUUUUGGAUGCGGUAAUGGAAAGAAUGGGGUUCAGCAGUGGUUGGAGAUCGCUAAUUAAUGGAUGUAUUUCGUCUGUGAAGUUCGCUGUUCUCCUAAAUGGGCAGGCUAGAGAGUCUUUUGCUCCCUCGCGGGGUCUCCGUCAGGGGGAUCCUCUUUCUCCUUAUUUAUUCAUUUUGGUGGGGGAAGUUCUUUCCAAACUGUUUCAGGGUGCGGUGGACCAAGGUAAGCUGGAGGGUGUAAAGAUUGGUGGAUUCGGACCCGUGAUUUCUCACCUCUUCUUUGCGGAUGAUACCCUUCUGUUUUUGCGGGCAGAUGUGAAAAACUGCAGGAAUUUGAAACAUAUGCUGGACAAAUUUUGUGUGGCGUCUGGGCAGAAGGUUAAUUUGGAGAAAUCCAGUGUUUUCUUUGGGGCAAAUGUUCCGAAGGUGAACGCAGAUCAGAUGGGGAAUGCCCUUGGUAUGGCGGUGGUUAGCAAUCCGGGGACCUAUUUGGGGGUCCCUGCUAUUUGGGGCCGGUCGAAAAAGCGUGGUCUUGCUUAUGUGAAAGGAAGAGUAAUGGAAAAGCUACAAGGGUGGAAACAAAGUACUCUAUCUCGUGCCGGUAAAGAGGUUUUAAUUAAGGCUGUUAUCCAAGCUAUUCCGGCGUACCCAAUGUGCAUUUUUAAAUUCCCCGCCGCCGUUUGUCAGGAAUUGGAUGCGUUGGUGGCUGGAUUUUGGUGGGGUUGCAAGGAGGGAGCCCAAAAGAUUCAUUGGGUCUCAAAUGAGGUUUUGGGUUUGCCAAAAGACUUGGGUGGUUUAGGUUUUAGAAACUUUAUGGAAUUUAAUGAUGCUCUGCUCGCUAAACAGUGUUGGCGGUUAAUCACGGAACCGGACUCGCUGUGGGCUAGGGUGAUUAAAGCCCGGUAUUUUCCCCAUUGCUCGAUAUGGGAUGCAAAGAAAGGUGGUCGGGCUUCUUGGGCAUGGAGCAGCCUCAUCUGUGGCAGGGACGUGAUCAAGGAGGGUUCCCAUUGGCAGAUUUUGGGCGGUCAGGAGGUGCGGGUGUGGCAGGAUAGGUGGCUUCCAUCCUUGCCCCUUGGACAUCCGGUGCCGGUGGGCCAGGUUGCGGUUACUCCCAGUUUAAGGGUCAGUGCGCUUAUCUGUGCGGAGUCGGGGCGGUGGAAUCUUAACUUUUUACAGCCUUUCAUAUCGGGGGAGGCUUUGAAGGCUAUUGAGGAGACGCCUUUGAGGGAUCUAAGUCGUAAUGAUAGGCUUAUCUGGGAUUUGAGUAAGAACGGUACUUAUUCGGUCAAGUCGGGUUAUAGAUGGCUGCAAGGUAGAUCACUGGCCAGGAGGGACAAGCGUCGGCCUUCUGUUCGUGGGGUUCCUAAGGCGUUUUGGAAGGGGAUUUGGAAGCUGGAGGUGCCCCCCAAGUUGCGACAUUUCCUGUGGCUUACGAUGCAUAAUUGUAUUCCUACUCGGGAAGCCCUGUACCGACGACGGUCCUCUCUGACCUCUACUUGUCCUAUUUGCUGCUGCCAUGAUGAAACCAUUGAGCACAUUUUCCUUUCUUGCUCUUGGGUUGAGCCAAUUUGGUUUGGUGGGGCUUUGGGGUAUAAAUUGGAUCGUCUUUCUCUUCCGUCUUGGCUGGAAUGGAUUCAGAAGGUAUUCUCUCCGAAUUUAUGCAACUUUGGAGAUACAAUGUGGAGACAAUCUUAUAUUGUUUUUACCUGUUGGUGUAUCUGGAAAGCUCGUUGUGAUCUUGUUUUCAAAGGGAUGUCUGUUAACCCUUUAAAAGUCUUGGCUGAUGUUUCUGCGGCUAUGAGCUCGUUUUUUGGUGCUAAGGCUAUGGCUGGGGUGAGGGGAGGGGGUGACGGGAUGAGGGGUACCCAGAUGGCGCGGUGGUGUGCUCCGGCCUCUCCUUUUGUGAAGAUUAAUGUGGAUGCUAGUUGGUCCAAGGCCUCAAAGAUGGGAUUUGUUGGAUUGAUUGCGCAAGACAUGGAGAGAAAAUUCGUGGCUGCAGCGCGGUAUGCUAUAUCUGCACCUUCUGCUGCUGCAGCGGAGGCUUAUGCGUUGUUGCACGGGUGCCAGCUCGGUGAAGACUUGGGUGUAAGGUAUGUAAUUCUUGAGUCGGACUCCCUUGAAGCGAUUAAUUGUUUAUCUAGCUCGCUGUCUAGGGGUAGUUGGGAGGCAUUCCCGGUGCUGGCUCGGGUUAAACAGCUGGGGGGGAAGUUCCUUGAUUGCCGAUGGUCUUGGGUGCCCCGUUCUUCUAAUGGCGUGGCUCACAAGAUUGCAUCGGGUGGUUUUACAGAGAUGAGUGAUGUCGUUUGGGUUGUUAGGCCCCCAUCUUCGUUGGUCUUUGUUUUGAAUAAUGACGGGCUACCUUGUCCUUAUUAA